AUUUGAGAGCUGUCAGUGCAGUGCAGUCAUCACGGGUGAUGUGUUUGCAGCAAAGAAAAUUUAAUAGAAAUCGUUGAUAAUGGCAGACCAGCUACUAAUUCACGAUGAUAUUAAACUAUAUACAACAUCGGAUAAGUUCUACCUGGAGCCCACCAUAAAUCCUACAGAGAUACUCGUCAUUGACAGGGUGUCUGGAGAAGCUUCCGUGAAAGCUUAUGGCACUGUGAAGAUCCCGAUCCCAGAGAACGCGUACAAGCCUGUCUGCGGGUUCCUCGGCUCCAUAAAGCUUAUAUCUGGACUGUAUCUAGUGGUCGCCAAAUAUAGGAUACUGAUCGGCAAACUAAAUGGCCACGAUAUCUACCAACUGGCCGGCACGGAUAUCAUUCCCUACGCCAGGUCCACCACCCAUCUUACCAACAAACAGAUAGAAGAUAACAACACAUAUGAGCGUAUGGUUCGCGCGGCGCUCGACGCUCCGGGAAUGUAUUUCUCGUACGGAUACGACGUCACUCAUACACUGCAGCGGUUACACUCUGUCGCCGCGGACUUCCACUCGAUGUCAAUGGCGUCCCGGGCCGACAACCGUUUCCUGUGGAACGGGCACCUGCUGCGCGACUACUCACAUAUGCAGUUCGCCAGGUUCGCACUGCCCCUCAUACAAGGCUUCGUAGCGAUAAACAAAGUGAUCGUCAAUGGACACAGGCUCACGUGGUCUGUGGUCUCGAGGCGAAGCGUGGCCCGCGCUGGCACAAGGCUGUUCAUGCGAGGAGUCGAUGCUGAGGGUAACGUAGCGAACUACGUAGAAACAGAGCAAAUAAUCGAGCGAGACGGCGAAAAAUCCUCCUUCGUACAAACCCGUGGUUCCAUCCCACUCUUCUGGUCCCAGUAUCCUAACAUCAAGUACAAGCCAGCAUGUACGUUGGCUCAUGAAGAUCAUGUCGCUGCGUAUACUAAACAUGUGAAGGAACAGCAACAGCUUUAUGGAAGUCAAGUUUUAAUAAAUUUGAUCGACCACUGCGGCAAAGAAGAGGCUCUCGAGAGGGGUUUCCGCUCCGCCGUGGCCGCGGCGGCGCUGCCCGGCGUCCGCUACGAGCCCUUCGACUUCCACACGGAGUGCCGUGGCAUGCGCUACGACCGGCUUAAUGUGCUUAUAGACAGGAUAGCGCAUGAACAGGCGGAGUUCGGUUACUUCAUGUCUCGCGGCGGCAGCGUCUUGCUAAGACAGAGUGGCGUGUUCCGAACCAACUGCGUGGACUGUUUGGACCGCACUAACGUUGUCCAGAGUUUACUAGCCAAGCGGCAGUUGGCGGGCGCGCUGAAGCUGCUCGCCGUCACCCCUCCAGAUGACUAUCCCGAGCUCGACGAGCUGUUUAACAACGUGUGGGCGGACCACGCGGACAUGAUAUCCACCCAGUACUCCGGCACUGGAGCCCUGAAGACCGACUUCACGCGCACUGGCAAGCGGACCAGGUUAGGCCUCCUGAGGGACGGCGUCAACUCCCUCACGAGGUACUUCAAGAACAACUUCACUGAUGGCUUCCGACAGGACUCGAUUGACUUGCUACUCGGCAAGUACGUGGUGCGCGACGGAGAAGGCAACACAGCGCUCUGUCCUCUUCGCAGAGACAGGGACUGGAAGUACAUCACUUUCCCGUCGGUGUUGCUAGUAGCCAUGUCUAUGUUCAUGGCCAGUGUGGCCAUACCUUCCAAAUACACCAACGAAGUGUUGUUCAGCCUCAUGUUCUGGGGCGCGUGUAUGGGCGCCACUCUCGCCUAUAUAGUCAAGCACGGAAAGGAGUUCGUGGACUGGCCGCGCCUCGACUGCGGCGGCGUGGCGGCGCUGCGCGCGCGGCCGCAGUUAUGAUCCUCGACGCGCCGCUCUCCGUGCUCAUAGUGUAGCCACGCCACCGCCACCGCACCCACUAUCGUCUGCCACCGGUAUUAACCGGUAUCAUAUAUUAAAUAUAAGAUCAUAGCAUCCCAUACAUUAAAAUGCGACCGCCUAAGAACGCGCAUACACCACGCAUUGAUGGCGCCACAAAAACAAUGUCUUG